AAAAGGGAGGGGGAACUUGGGAUCAAAUGCUGUGAAUCGGGGGAGAAUCAACAACAACCAACCGGAAGCAGGAGGCGGAGAUUGCCUUGUUUGGCACGUCUUUAAUUUUAAGAGUUGUUCAGAGGCCAUCAAAUGCUAUAAAUACCCAAACUUUUCGGCUUCAAAUACUUCUUCUUCCUUCUCUUUUCUCUCUUUCUGUUCUCUCCCCUCUUUUCUCUCUCUCCCUCUCGCUUUUCUUGUUUAUAAUUUCUGCUUUUCCACCUCUUUUCCCCUCUUCAUCUCUCUCUCUCUCUCCCUCCCAGUAUCUUUUUUUUUUCUGUUAAAACAAUUUUUGUAGUAUUUUCCUAGGGUUUUCCUCUUUUUCCAUAACCAUUAACCGCCUCUUUUCUACCAGGUACAUUCAUUUCCUACAUCAUUAUUUCAUCUUCUUGCCUUUUGUCAUUCAUCAAAAAGUUGAACUUGGUUUAUAUCAUUUCUUUAUUUUUAUUUUUAUUUUUCGACUUUGGAUGGUUGCCUGUAUCUGAUGAUUUCUUGAUAAAGAUUUCAACUUUGUUUAACCCUUUUGAAGCAGGUAAAAUUUUGUAUAACAUAUUCAAGAUUUCUUUUUUUUUUUUUUCCCUUUUUCUUCUUCCCUCUUUUUGGUUUUAGCUUUCUUUCAUAAACCCAUGAUUUUUCAAUCACUGUAAUUUUGAAUGCCAUUGAAAUAAGGCUCCAAAGUUGUUUUUGGGAAGAGGGGUGCUGUUCUUUCAAUUGUAUACGGCUUUAAUGGUGGUUCUGGUUUCUGUUAUUUCAUGCAAAGUUUCAAUCUUUUUUGAAUUUCCAUUUCUGGGUUUUCUUUGGAAAAAAAAAAUUAAAAAAAUCAAAUUGAUGCAUCAUUGAUUGCAACUGUCUCUGAGAUGGGGCAUGUUUUCGUGUGUUUGGUUUUCUAAAGUUCAAGAAAUGCCCGAGAAAUUUACAGAUAGGCUGAAUAGAUUAGUAAAAAUUUUGUUCGAUUGUAUGUGCUCAUACACGUGGACGUUUGGUUAGUAUUCAUAAUUUAUUGGUGUUUUUUAUACGAUUAUAUUGAUGUGACAGCACAAUUGUUUAGCUGAUGAUACCGGUCGUUUAUUUCGUAAAAUAUAAUAUGUUGUCGGUUGCUCUAAGAUGUUGAUAUAUUGAUUAUGUGUCUUAAUCAGUUUUCUGUUGGAAAUGUACACAUUUUAACGUUUUGCUGUUAUAAUUUGGCCUAAUCUUCGUGUUAUUGGCCAAUAAUUAAUAUAGAGUUCUUCUGCAAAAAUGUCUUCUUUUGAUUUCCUCACGUAUGAAUGAGUUUGUGACUUUUUGAAUAGGAAAUGCCAGAUUAAGUUGUUAAAAGUAGCUGUUCUUUUUCCCUCUAAAAUCAAGUUGUUAACUUUGAGGCCGUACAUUUUUCUUGUGUGUUUGUAAUUUGUUAAAGAAACCAUUUCUGCUUUGUAAGAAUUGGAAAAAUCUCAUGGUCAGAAAGAACUCCCAGAAAUUGUCCAGAACUGCUAAAGGGAUAACAGGGGUGCUCAAUCAAAAUUUGGUAAUCAUUAUGAGAAAUAUUUGGACUAAUAAUUCUUUAAUCUUUUUUUAUUAACAAUGAUUACCACUUACCAGUGCUUCCAUGUGGUUUUAGGCCAGUUCUGUUUUCCCUAAUCUGUGAUCUAUAUCUCUCUUGGAUACAUUCACACACGUAAUGAAGUGGCCUGUGGUCAGUAGCUUUAAAAUAUUAGUUUGGAUGGUUGACGAGUCACAUCAUUUGAGUUAAAGGUGAUGACAUUAGAAGAUGAUUAUUGUGUUUAAUGGAAGGUUUUUGCUUGUUUUUGUCUGCAAUCGAUGAUUUUAUGCCGGAUCUGCAGGAAAACUGCUAACCAUGUCUCUGAUUCCAUUAUGAUACUCAUGGUUUCUGAAACUGAAUAUUCAUUUUCAUUUUUUAAAAGUAAAUGGUGCGUUAGAAGUUAGUACUCUGAGUAGCCCCCCCUCUUCUUAACUUUUCCCUGUAGUUCUGUAAUUCCAGAUGCAACUUUUGACAGUUUUGACAUUUUUUUUAAUGAAAGGAAAAAGGGUUGCUUUGCAAAUUUGGACUUUUCUUUGAUAAAUAGAAAGGGCAGAGAGCUCAGUAAGCAGCACUUUACUUGUCUGAAAAGCUGCAGAUUAUGAUUUUAAGAGGAUAUGCACUGGAGAUGUCUCCUUUUAGUUGACAGGUCAAAGUUACAAUUGACCGUAAAAAAUUGUUAUAAAAUAAACUUAUAGUUAUGAUCCCAUUAAAAUGGAGCCAACAAACAGAGUUUUUGUACUCUAACAGGAAACCUUUGGUUCUGUUCUGUUGGUUCCUCUUUUCCUUCAUGUUUACAAGUAAUUCUUAGGGAUCUUUUUGCUGCCUUUUUGCCUGUGUUAGUUCCGAGGUGCAUGAUUUUCUUCAAUACAAAUGGGCUUUUUGACUACUUUGUGGGAGUGUAACACUUUAACCAUUACAUCCCUUCAAGGAAUUGAUCUAAGCAUUAAAGAAUCGGGUACAACCACCGGCUUAAACAAGGUUCAUGCACCCUUAGUUGAACACUGUUACGUCUUUCAGUUCAGAUUCAUAAUUGCCAGAAUGAAGUUUUUUGUUUUGCCUCGAACACUUUUUCUCUCUUUGCUCAUUGCUUUUCAUUCUCUUAGAAGUGAUUUGAUUACUACUGUUAUAUGGGCUCAAAAACUUGUGUUGAACUUGAUUAAUGUUGGAAAUUUGUGGCUUGAUGAUAUUCAGUUGCAAUUACAUUUAGUGAUAUUGGGUAGGUAGUUCUGUUGAGCUGGAGAUUCUUUUCACCAAUAUGUUUGCUACAUUCGUUUUGUGCUAAGUUUGGGUAUAAGGACUGAUGCAAAAUUAAAUAUCUGAGUUAAGGGCUUCUUUGAGUUGUUUGAGAUAUCCUUGUGAUUUGUCACGUUUUUUUUUUCUGUUUACUGGUGUCAGACUUAAGUUUCUAAUUUUUGUACUGAAAUGGCCAAAGUGUGUAGUCAGUCACUGGAAAAAGUUUUGUUCUUUGGCUGCAAGUUGCAUGUGAAUGAUUGUGUGCUUGGCACUUGGCAGUUCAUAAGUUAGAAGGUUAAAGGGUCAGUUUCCACAAUUUUGGCUAUGUUAUCUGCCUCUGCUGUGUUGUUUGUAUUGGAUUUGUUAAGUGCUAAUGGGACGGAAAUUGCUUGUGCUAAUCAUGCUUUGCCCUUUCAGGCAAGAGGAGUCCUAGUUGGUGGUUUUGGGGGUCCAUUACUUCUCUGCAUCACAUUUAUGUGAAGGAAAAUGCUCUGGUUUCUGAUUUAAAUGCGUUGUAGUCAUCGAAAUGAGGUACUUCACUGGUCUUUUAAUGGUUUGAAUGGAUAGCUUUUGUUUUUUGCAACUAUGUUGUCAAUUUGCUGUUUGAAUUUGAUGGUCAGCAGAUUUCAGGAAGCCCGUGCUUGAUGGACUGCUCACCUGGUAGCAGUGAUAAGAAAACACUAAAGCGUUGGUUUUUCAUUGAUAAAAGAGUUGGAUAGAGAUCCCAAUAAAAGAGAAGUCAUUUCUUAGGAAAUUUAGUUUUGUAAAUCAUUAGGUGCACAGCUGAGACAGUUGCCUUCUUUGAUGGACUUGAAGUCUUCAAAACCUUCUCCUGUUCUUACUGAUCCUGCUCUGAUGGACAAAUCGAGAUUGGGCAUUCGAGGUCUGUUGCCUUGCACACAAGGAGGGCCAUCAUUUUCCACGAGUGUGUUGGCUAUCCCAAAGAGAAGGCCGGUGAAGCUUGAUGAUGUUCGUUCUAAUGGUUGGCUAGAUGCCAUGAAAGCUUCUUCCCCUCCUCGAAAGAAGAGUAUGAAAUCAGUAAAUUUGGAGGUUGUAUCAGAUGAUAGUAGCGAGACUGCUUAUCGUUCUUGGAUGAUCAAGUAUCCAUCGGCUCUUGGCUCCUUCGACAAAAUCAUGAGUCGUGCAAAGAAUAGUAGGAUAGUGAUAUUUUUAGAUUAUGAUGGAACCCUUUCACCCAUUGUCGAUGAUCCUGAUCGUGCUUUUAUGUCUGCUGAUAUGCGCUUAGCUGUUAGAAACGUAGCAAAGCAUUUCCCAACAGCCAUCAUCAGUGGAAGAAGCCGCGAUAAGGUUUAUGAAUUGGUAGGACUAACAGAACUUUAUUAUGCUGGUAGUCACGGCAUGGAUAUCAUGUUCCCCGACAGCGGCUCACAGUCCAUUAACCAUACUAGUGUCACUAAAUCUACUGACCAGAGCAAAGAGGUUAAUCUAUUUCAGCCUGCAAGUGAGUUUCUGCCAAUGAUUGACGAGGUUUUUAGAACCCUUGUUGAGAAUACAAAAGAUAUUAAAGGUGCAAAAGUUGAGAACCACAAGUUCUGCACAUCUGUACAUUACCGCAAUGUAGCUGAGAAGAGUUGGCCUAUCAUUGCACAGCGUGUUCAUGAUGUCUUGAACAACUACCCUAGGUUACGACUAACUCAUGGACGGAAGGUUUUAGAGGUCCGUCCUGUGAUCGACUGGGAUAAAGGCAAAGCAGUCGAAUUUCUUCUUGAAUCAUUGGGCCUUGGGGAUAAAAAUGACUUGCUUCCUAUCUAUAUUGGAGAUGAUAGAACAGAUGAAGAUGCUUUCAAGGUAUUGCGAGAGGGAAGCCGAGGCUAUGGGAUUAUAGUGUCCACGGUUCCUAAAGAGAGCAAAGCUUUCUUUUCUCUCAGGGAUACUUCAGAGGUGAAAGAUUUCCUGGAGGCUCUGGUGAAGAUGAAGGAACAGAAGGAUCCAAAGAAGAUCUAGUUUUUGGAAAUAGAUAGUGCAUAAGUAGGUUAUACAGAGCUACUACUACUACUUCUUGAUGAUCAAAGCUAGAAGAAGGAAUAAGUCUGGUUUUUUUUUUUGUUUUUGGUCAUUGUUUCAAUUCUUCAUGGUCGUUUGAGUAUUCCUUAGAUUUUGAUUUUCAGCAGAAGCAAACGCUAAUAAGCUGGAUCGUGUGGUACAAACUUAAGUGUGGAUUAUGAAAUUUUGUACAGUAGCCUUUAUCAUUGUUAUUUUAACCCUGUGUUCAGUUUCUUUCUAAUAAAUCUUUUGCUUCAACCAGUGUUAUAGAUAUUUGAAACAUAGUUUUACAAUUAGCG